AUGGUGCGUCUACACAGAGAGGCAUAUCUUUCUUUCUAUAUUUAUCUGUUUCUUUGUUUAUUUCUUGUUUGUUUCUUCAUUUCGUUCGUCCGUUCAUUCUUUAUGACCAGCAAUAUUCUUUCUUUUUUACCUUUUCUUUUUUGUUUAUUUUUAUGUGUAUUUCUUGUUUGUUUCCUUGUUUUUUCUUCCUUUCGUUCUUUCUUUUAUUAUAACCAGCAAUAUUCUUCUUUCUUUCUUUCUUUUUUUUUUGUUUAUUUUUGUGCAAUUUUCUUUCUUUUCUUUCUUUUCCUUUUUUGUGUGUUGUAUGUUUCUUGCUUGUUUCUUUGUUUGUUUCUUCCUUUCGAUCGUUCUUUCUCUAUAACAAGCAAUAUUUUUUCUUUCUUUCUUUUUUCUCUAUUUUUCUGCGUGUUUGUGUGUUUCUUUGUUUCUUCCUUUGUUUCGUUCUUUCUUUAUAACCAGCAAUAUUGUUUAUUUCUUACUUUCUUUUUUACUUUCUUUCUUUUUAUGCGUAUUUUUGUGUGUGUUUGUUUGUGUUUCUUGUUCGUUCUUUUGUUUCUUUCUUCCUUUCGUUUGUUUUUCUCUAAAUGUUAUUUCUUUCUUUUAUUUUGUUUAUUUUUGUUUAUUUUUGUGUGUUUCUUGUGUAUUUCUUCUUUCUCCUUUUCAUUUCUUCUUUAUAACAAAAAUAUUCUUUCUUUUUUUUACUUUCUUUUAGUUCCUUUCUUUUUUGUUAAUUUUUGUGCGUGUUUAUGUGUUUCGUGUCUGUUUGUUUGUUUGUUUGCUUCUUCCUUUCCUUUUUUCUUUCUUUAUAACCAGCAAUAUUCUUUCUUUCUUUUACUUUCUUUUUUUAUUUAUUUUUUGUGUGUUGAUGUAUUUCUUGUUUGUUUCUUUCUUUCUUUGCAAUAUUCUUUUUUCUUUCUUUCUUUCUUUCUUUCUUUUUCUUUCUUUCUUUCUUUUAAUCAGCAAUAUUCUUUUUUCUUUCUUACUUUAUUUCUUUAUUUAAAAACAGCAAAAUUUUCUUUUUUUCUUUUCUUAAAACCAGCAAUAAUCUUUCUUUUUCUCACUUUCUUUUUUCUCUCUUUUUUCUUUUUUUCUCUCUUUUUUCGUUUUUCUAUUUUUUAA